AUGUCAGUGACAGAGUAUGCUGCAAAGUUCACUGAGUUGGCUAAGUUCUACCCGUAUUAUGAUGGAGCAAGUGGUGAGUUUUCAAAGUGCAUCAAGUUUGAAAAUGUAUUACGCUCUGAGAUCAAGAAAGCUGUUGGGUAUCAGAAGAUUCGUAUCUUUCUUGAUUUGGUUGAUAGUUGCAGGAUUUUAAAAAAAGAUCAUAAUGCACAUUACAAAAUUGUCAAGGAUAGGAGAGGCAAGCAGAACCGUAGCACACCUUAUGAUGCUCUAGUUAAAAAGGGUAAAGCAGAUGUGGCUGAUAGCAAGAGAACUAGUAGGGGAGAAGCUCCUGCUAGCGUUGUUUGUUUCAAUUGCGGGAAACCUGGUCAUAAGAGUAAUGCGUGUAACCUCGAGGUGAAGAAAUGUUUUCGUUGGGGUAAGAUGGGACAUGCUAUGUCAGAUUGUAAGCAUAAGGAAAUGGUUUGUUUUAACUCUGGUGAAGAAGGACACAUUGGGAGUCAAUGUCCAAAGCCAAAGAAGAGGCAAUCUGGUGGAAAAGUGUUCGUGUUGGCGGGAAGUCAAACAGAUGGAGGGAACGAGCACAUUAGAGGUAAUGUUUCGUUAGUAUACUCCUUUAAUAUUAUGUUUAUGUUUUUGUUAUCCGUUGUUUGGGCUGUUGUUGUUAAUAUAAAAUAA